ACUCAGUGGAAGCGGUUUUUGGACUUGUUGCCACGUCGGACUGUUGAACCUGGAGAAUUAAUUUCACAUAUACUUGAGUAAAUAUUUGUAGGAGGACUAAAUAACAGUCAUGGUUUCUGUUAUUAACACAGUGGACACCUCGCAUGAGGACAUGAUACACGAUGCCCAGAUGGAUUAUUAUGGGACUCGGCUUGCCACCUGCUCCUCUGACCGCACUGUCAAGAUCUUUGAUGUCAGGAAUGGAGGACAGAUUCUGGUGGCAGAUCUCAGGGGGCACGAAGGCCCUGUGUGGCAAGUAGCGUGGGCUCACCCGAUGUUUGGCAACAUUCUGGCUUCUUGUUCUUACGACCGAAAAGUCAUCAUCUGGAAGGAGGAGAAUGGAGCCUGGGACAAGAUGUACGAGUACACUGGACAUGAAUCGUCAGUGAACUCGGUUUGCUGGGGUCCAUAUGAAUUUGGUUUAAUUCUGGCCUGUGGAAGCUCAGAUGGGGCGAUUUCUCUACUCACAUUUACUGGAGAUCAGCAGUGGGAUGUCAAGAAGAUUAGCAAUGCACACACUAUUGGCUGUAAUGCAGUCAGUUGGGCUCCUGCUGUGGUCCCAGGCAGUCUGAUCGAUCAACCAUCUGGACAGAAACCAAACUAUGUCAAACGCUUUGUCUCCGGAGGCUGUGACAACCUGGUUAAACUCUGGAAAGAGGAGGACGGUCAGUGGAAAGAGGACCAGAAGCUGGAGGCGCACAGUGAUUGGGUGAGAGAUGUUGGCUGGGCUCCUUCCAUCGGUCUUCCCACCAGCACCAUUGCUAGCUGCUCCCAGGAUGGCCGUGUAUUCAUUUGGACGUGUGACGACCCUGCAGGCAACACCUGGACAGUCAAACUGCUCCACAAGUUCAACGAUGUGGUUUGGCACGUCAGCUGGUCCAUCACCGGAAAUAUACUGGCAGUUUCUGGUGGAGACAACAAGGUGACGCUGUGGAAGGAGUCCAUGGAUGGUCAAUGGGCAUGUAUUAGUGAUGUCAGCAAAGGCCAGGGUGCAGUUUCCACCAUUACAGACACUCAGCAGAAUGAACAGUGACAACCUUACAGCAAAAAGUGCAGCUUUAAGAAAUGGAUUAACAAACAUGCUGGACAUUUGGACUGACAACAAUAUGCUCUCCAGAGUGACCGAGCUCAAUCGGAUCUGUUUUUGACUCCUGGAUCUCUGCUAAGACAAGAAAAAUGUUUCAACACAAGAAAGAUUGAAGAAUAAAUGUUGUUUUUUUUUUUUUUUUAUGUCAAAAAAUUCAACCAUGGUUUAGAAUUUGUUUUUGUAGCAUUCACUCCAAUCUUAGUAUUAUAGUUUCUCCAACUCACACCACUUCCUCCUGAAAGCUGGUCCAAAUGAAACUGUAGUUGUAAAAAUAUUCUGCUAUCCCUCUCCUUGUAGUUCUGCUUUUAAACAUUCCAUAUUCAUUGCCAAUAAAUCAUCAACCCACAGAUGACAUCAGCUUUCUUCAAAGCCUGUGUUAAUCCACAGUUACUGUUCAUUGAUUCAUCCAAAUAAGCUCUGAGUUGAAAAGAAAUAUUCAUGCAUGUCCACAUUUUUUUGCAUUAGUUUUCUGAUAACUCAGCUUCUUAUUUCAGGCUGUGAACAGAUCCUUGUAUUCUCAGACCGCCAAAUUUAGGCUUAUUCUCUUAAGACUAAAAGCUGUUUUAACCAGUUUCAGAUACAAGUUAACUGAAUGUUGCGCUUUGUCACCAUUGAAUGCAACAUAAUUCUAAACAGUUUGGGUGUUUUACUUUUAUGAUUACAGAUAAUAAAUGAGAUGGUUUUUCACAUUUGAUGUAAUUAAAUAACUGUUAAAAAUC